CCUUUUGUUCUAGGGGGUGGAGGGCAGCGGCAUACAGAGCCUGGCCGCCUGGGAGGCGACGACUGGUCCUGCAUGAGGCCGAGAAGCCACCUGUGGAUGGUUGACCUGCCUUGGGCUUAGGUAGUAGAGUCUGCAGACCUGUGGGCCUGGCCGGGAGAGGACCUCGUGAGUCUUCUGACAUGGACUCUGAAGCCUCAAACCAAGAGAGGUGUCUGUCUAUCCCUGAUAGUGGGGCAGCUUAGAGGGGUGGGGAGAACUCAGCCUGAGUUCAGUCAAGAUGUAAGUAGUAGCAAAGGGAACACGGUGCUUUCAGGUUAUUUUAUGUGGGAUUCUGUAGCUCCUGAUGAAUCCAUUCUGGGGUAAAGGAGCUUAUUCUGGAACGUGGCACCUAGAACCUGUUGCCCAGCAGGAAUUUUUGGGCUCUUUUGCCCACUUUGCCCAUGCCUGCUCUUCCCUCACCACCGCCCUUACGGACUGUCAACCCAUCCUUGUUGUGUCUCCUACACGUAGUCCCUGGAUGGUCGUCAGAUCCGUGUGGAUCACGCAGGCAAGUCUGCUCGGGGAACUAGAGGAGGUGCCUUUGGGGCCCAUGGACGUGGUCGCAGCUACUCUAGAGGUGGUGGGGACCAGGGCUAUGGGAGUGGCAGGUAUUAUGACAGUCGACCUGGAGGGUAUGGAUAUGGAUAUGGACGUUCCAGUUCCAGAGACUAUAAUGGCAGAAACCAGGGUGGUUAUGACCGCUACUCAGGAGGAAAUUACAGAGACAAUUAUGACAACUGAAGUGAGACAUGCACAUAAUAUAGAUGCACAAGGAAUAAUUUUUGAUCCAGGAUCGUCCUUCCAAAUGGCUGUAUUUAUAAAGGUUUUUGGAGCUACACUGAAACAUCUUAUUUUACAGUAUAUCAACCGGUUUUUAAAUUGAGCUGCCAAGGUAGCCAAACACCUGUCUAAUUAGACACCUCUAUCUUUUAAAAAGAAAAAAAUGUUCUGCCUGUUUAAAAUUACAUUUGUAGUAUUUUUCUUUUUACCAGUUUUUUAGUUUGAGCUCUCAGGAUUAUUGGAUCUAGCAAUAACUGGCAAGUUGGGCCAGAUUGAUUUCAAAAACUUAAUAUGUAUCCAGGGACAUUUUAAAAACCUGUACACAGUGUUUAUUGUGGUUAGGAAGCAAUUUCCAAAUGUACCUAUAAGAAAUGUGCAUCAAGCCAGCCUGACCAACAUGGCGAAACCCUGUUUCUACUAAAAAUAUAAAA